UACUUUAAUAAACAAUCAAUCAACAUUCAAUAUUAAUGAGCAUGAAAGAUGGUAAUUUAUCUUUUGUUCACUUGACUUUUUCAUAGCUUUAGAUAAAUCAAAUGUGUUAAAAUAUGUGAAUUUAUUUCUAUCUUAGUUUACUCAAAAAUCAAUAACGUCAAGAUUAACGGAUUUUUUCUGGUACAUUUCUUAUACAAGGGAAACUUGCAGCCUUUAACCGGAUAAAAUGAUAUCAAAUUGGUGGAAUUACUUUGACAAACCAAACUUAUUUAUUGGAUUGGAUUAGCUUGAUUUAUGGUUUACCUUUUUCUUGAACAUUUCGAGAUUGUCAACUUGGAUUACAAUAUAAGUAUCCUCAUCAUCAUCAACACCAGCAUCAUUGCCAUUCCAAUUUUCACCGAACUCCUUAUUUUUCACAUUUUUUUCAUAUCAACGUAUCCCACACACUUUUGAAUCAACUUUUUCCAAUGGAAAUAACAAGAUAUGGAUUAAAGCGCCACUGGAUGAUUAAAAGACAGCAACACCAACAGACAACAUGGAUCAAGCUAAAUCAGCUUGAUUCCAACUGAAAGACUUAACACUUCGUUCUGGUUCCCUCUGGAAAUCAUCCAACCUUUGCUUUUCUUUGCUUUUCAUUUCUACCAGUUCAAGUAUAUUCAUCUUAAAUAAUAACAAUACUACUGCUAAGAAUAGCAGUGACAACGUAAGAAGAGUAGAAAAAAGUAGAGAAAAAGAAACAAAAGUUUCCUUCUAAACGUUUUCUCAACCAAACCAGCUCUUCUUACAUUUAUGUCCUUUUUUCCUUCUCCAUGUCUCCAUGUUCAUCUUAAACUUGCAUCCAAGUUGAGUGUCCAAAAGUAUUCAGCUAUUGGUGCAACAUGAAUGUUCAUCUGUUCACUUUAUACUCCACAGAUCAUCUAAUUUUGUUACUUAACUAGAUCAAUGGAGUGUUAAUUGUAGCGUCAAUCAUCAUUUUGUAUCAGCCUGAUUCACAACAAUACCAAGCCAAAGAAAAAAUAAAAUUAUAUUACAUUAGCCAAGGAACAAAACAAAAAUGGCUUCCAAUUGGAUGUUAAUUGUGUUUCUGUUCACAUUAUUGUUGUUUUUAUUGCUCUUGAUUUUACCCUUAUCCACUGGAGCAACCAAUAAUUUAUCCCUUAAUUGCGAUUUCAAUUUAUCAACUCAAAGUGAUUACAAGUGUCAUUGGAUUGUUGGUUAUCCGUUUCAAUUGAUUAAAUCUGUCAAUGAAAGUGAAACAUGGCUUGAUUUUAAAACAUCAACUGUUAAUCGUGAACAAUCAUCAGGAUAUCAAAAUAAUGGUAUUCUGGGUAAACUUGUAAGUCCUGAAAUUAAUGUUAACAAAAUGGAUUCUCCAAGCCAUUGUACACUUGUUAUUACCAUGAAAAUGGUUAAAUUUGAAUCUGGUUUGUUUAAAAUUGUCCGUCAAUCAGUGACCAACCGAGAACCAGAAACUGUCCUUUCAAGUAAACCUGGAAAUAACUAUCAAAGUUGGACUGAUGAAAAAUUUCCGAUCGGAACAUCAAAAAGUAAUUUCAAGUUGAUCAUUGAGAUCGUUGAAGCUCCAAAUGUUACAUUGCCAAAGGAUUCAUCGGUUUCCAUUAAAAAGAUCUCAUUGGAAAACUGUUUUCAAAGUCCACUAAAUGGUAUUAAUAAUGAUUGUCCAAUGAAAUGUUCAUCUAACUCAAUUUGUAUUACCAGUGAUCAAAUAUGUGACCUAUUAAUUGAUUGCCCUGAUGGUGAGGAUGAAAGACAAGAUUGUGAUAAAUUACCUAAGGGAGCUUAUUGCUCAUUCAGUGAUGAUACUUGUGGUUGGUACAUCGUUAAUAAGAGUAAACAGUAUAAACACGAUUUAACCGUUAAAAAUGGAACCCUUUUUACCAAAUUUACCUCACGGACCCAAUUUGCUGAUGGACUGUUUAUCAAGAGUCCAGAAUUUCCUCCAAUUCCAUAUUAUCAUUCAUUCAAAUCAUCACCAUUUUAUAAAUCAUGUAAAAUUCGCUUCUCGUACAAAUUCAAGCCCAGUGCUGCAAGUUUUGGAAUCCAGAUAUUUGAAGAGACUGAUCACAAUGGGAAUGAGUUAAUUGGUGAACACAUUUUAACCACGAGAGAUUCUCGGAUAAUCUGGAGACGAAUUGUAUUACCAUUGCCAUCCUUCCACAGAAAUAAGUUUAAUGUUACAUUUGAGGUGCUCAAACGAGAGGUAACCGGACGAGAAGUUCCAAUUUACAUUGAUAAUAUUACAUUAUCAAAGGAAUGCUUUGGUUUAGGAGUUCCUUUAACUGAAAUUCGUGAUCCACCAGCUGUUGAAUUGAAUGGCGAAGCUAAAGACUUAAGAGUUUCUUCACAUUAUCCAGGGUCAAGUGAAUUAAUUUUCAUUGGAAUUCUCCUGGUGAUAAUAAUUUUCAUUCUUUUGGGUAUUUUCAUAUCUUUCGUUCGUCGUUAUAAGAGAAAGUUUCCGCCCAGCUCAUCAAAUAAUCGUAAUCAUUGUGGUGAACGUGAUGUCUCAUCUUCUCAAUUAUUAUCAAAUAGUUCAACUGAUGUACAGUUGAGCCGUCUCCGAAAUGGACACAAUAUAGUUACUGAGUUUAAUCCUAACUAUGAAUUUGGUGGAUCAACUUGUACACUUUCUGAUCUUCGAGAAAUUCCAAGAGAUAAACUUACGCUUGUAAAGGCUCUUGGCCAAGGAGCUUUUGGUGAAGUUUAUCAAGGUUAUUUGAUCAACUUGUCCGGUGAAAUGCUCGAUGAAGUUCCUGUUGCAGUUAAAACUUUACCUGAACAAACAGCCAAUAAUCAGGCUGAAAUGGAUUUCUUAAUGGAAGCUCUGAUUAUGUCAAAGUUUCGUCACCGAAAUAUUGUACGAUUUAUUGGUGUUUGCUUUGAAAAAAUGCCUAGAUUCAUUGUUCUUGAACUUUUAGCUGGAGGUGAUUUGAAAACAUUUCUCCGUGAAUCUCGAGCUUCGAUCAACAAACCAUCUCCAAUUUGUAUGGGUGAUUUAUUAGUAAUUGCAUUAGAUGUUGCUCGAGGCUGCCAAUAUUUGGAAGAUAACCAUUUCAUUCAUCGUGAUAUUGCAGCUCGUAACUGCUUGUUGACAUCUAAAAUCAAAUUACCCAGUUCAUCUACUCUUUACUCAACUGAUGGAGUUUUCAAGAUGGAAAAUUAUAACAAUGGCUUCAAUGGUAGUGGAAUUGUAGUUAAAAUCGCUGAUUUUGGAAUGGCCAGAGAUAUUUACAGGUCAGAUUAUUAUAGAAAGGGAGGAAAAGCAAUGUUACCCGUUAAAUGGAUGCCACCAGAAGCUUUCCUAGACGGCAUAUUCACUUCUAAAACAGAUGUAUGGUCAUUUGGUGUUCUGCUUUGGGAAGUAAUGUCCAUGGGAUUCAUGCCUUAUCCAGGACGGGGUAAUCAAGAAGUGAUGCAGUUGGUCACUGCGGGUGGAAGAUUAGAGCCUCCUAACAAUGCAUGUCCAAGUCAAGUUUACGCAAUUAUGCAACAAUGUUGGCAAGCGUUACCCGAAAAUAGACCUAAUUUUGGAACCAUAAUUGAACGUUUAGGCUAUUGUUUAGUGGAUCCGGACGUUUUGUCGAAAAAAUUGGCCAUUUUCCAUCGAGCUCCUUCCUCUGAGCGUGAUAUUACCAUUAUGAGGCCUCCACCUGACUCAACCGAUUACCUCAUACCUAAUGCUUGUUCCAAUUCCAAUUCUAAUUCCAACUAUUCCAUUUCAACGGAAAAAACUGAGUUACUUUCACCAGACACUUGUUCAACUGUUACCUCGGGUAAUGAUGAUGCCUGUAAAUUAUCCAUGAUGAUGAUGAUGAUGGAUGAUGGGUUAAAUGGUAUCGAUCAUUUUAACUCACCAUUAAGCUCUUCCACCCAUUCACAGCGUUUGUUAGAAAAAAAGCCUUUACCAGAUCGUCCACCUCCUGAAAGACCGUCCAAAGUCAACUUAAAUUGUAAACUAUCUGAAUCAAGUAAUCGAAGUGAUAAUAGAGAUGAAUUGCGUUCUUUAAUUCUUGAUCCUGGAUCUUUAGGAAAUAAAAACAAUUCAACUGGUUCCGUUAAUCAAAACCCAACGAGAUAUAUCAAUGUGGACAUGGCCUCUGAUAAUUCAAAUCAGUUGCAAGUUUAAAUCGACCAAAAAUGAAACAUCUCAUCUUUUUAAUUCGUCUUCUUUCGAUACUUCCCGGACAUCUUUCAUUGAUCCUUUCUAGCCACUGUUAAGCAUUUUCAGAUGUUUUCAGUUGAUGAUCAUAACAUUGAAGAUAAAUUCAAAUCUACUAAUUCUGAGCCCGAUUCGUACAAAAACAUUUUAAUCAAUCUAGUCAAAGGAAUCAUCUUCAACUUGCCAAUUUGAUUACGUUCUCACUGUCCUUUCCUUACUCAACAUAGUACGCUUAUCCAUGUUAACAUGUAUAUUGAAAAUGCAUAAUUGAUGCCAAAGACUCAUCCAACUGUAAAAAUCAAAUGCCCAUUUUCAAAUCAUUCAAAUUAAUUUAAAUAACUAUUAUUGACUACAAUUAACAUUGUUAAUUCUUCCAGUUUACAAUACUGUUGGCAGUUAUUAAUUUGCUUAACAUAAAAAAGAAAUUCAAAAAAAAAUUGUAUAAAUGCUCUGUGAUAAACAAAUGAGUAUAUAAAGCUCAACCGAAUAAAUCUAAUUAUAAUUUAAA